AUGUAUUUUUUUCUCUUUUUCACUCUUUCUACGAUCUCUCUCUCUCUCUCUCUCUCUCUUUCUUUUUCUCUUUCCCUUUCUGUGGUUUUGCAUACAGCCUUCUCCUUAGGUUAUUUAUCACUAUGUAUUUUUUCACGCAUUUCUUCCUCGUUCUUUUCUACGAUAUUUCUAAAUUUCGCUACCAUUUCUUACUCACUCAAUAUGUUUUCUCUUUUUCACAAACACGCAUACACAGACGCCAUAUGCUUUUUUGUCUCUUCACGUAGAUUCCUUUUCUCAUUCUCUCUCUCCCUCUCUCUCUGCAAUCUUUGGCCCUCUUUGCAAUCUGUUUCUCUCUCUCUCUCUCUCUCUCUCUCUCUCUCUCUCUCUCUCUCUCUCUCUCUUCAUAUACUUUUUUCUCUUUCUCUUUCUCACAACUAUUUCUUUUCUCUCUCUCUCUCUCUCUAUCUAUCUAUCUAUCUAUCUCGAUUCCUUUUCUCAAUUUUCUCUAAAAUCGUUGGUCCUCUUUGCAAUCUCUCCACCCCCUAUCUCUCUCACCACAUUUUUUCUGUUUCCCUCUCUCUCUCAUCAUAUUCUUUUUCUCGACCUCUCUCUAUAAUUUUUGGCUCACCCUGCAAUUUUUCUCUCUCACUCCUCCCACCCCCGCUUUCUCUCUAUCAUACGUUAUCCUCACCACCUGACCAUUUCAGUAAGGAUGUUGCUGACGGUCUUCCCUCUCUCUUCUUCUUAUCUCUUUACUCGGAUAUUCUUGAUUUUAUAUUUCCUUCUCUUUCGCCACUUAUUCAAUAUUUUUUCUUUCUUUUCUCUUUCGUUUCUUCAUUUUCCCACUAUUUUCUUUAUUUUCUUUCAAUAAUUUCUUUCUUUUUUUUCGUUCAUUAUCUUCUUUUUUCAUUUUUUUUUUGUUUCUUACUUUUGCUUACCUUCUACUUUUCUUGUUUCUCUGUCUUCUUGUAG